AUGGCCCACGCGGCCAAAUGGUCGCUCUCAGGCACCCAGCGGGGGCCUCCUGCUGCUCACAUGUUUGGAGGCCUCCAAGAGCGUUGUUGUAUUUACGAUACAAUCCCUUUUUCCCAGCCAUUCCCUCUUGCUCGUCUUCGGCUCUCCAAUUCCAUCAUCAACGAGACUAACUAUGCUUUUUGCCAACAAAGUCAACAGAAAAUAUCAUUUGCUAUUGUAUGUCUGCCGUACAGCUUAGGCGGCAAGGCAUUUGACUUUCCACCCACAAGUCCACCAUUCGAAUCUCGUCAGGGUGCUGCCGACAUCAAAAUUUGGUCCAGCAUGGGCGAAAACGGCUUUUCUGCUGCAUGA